AACACGAUGGAUCCCAGCGAUCUGGUUGGAGCGGGGGAGGAGGAGAUGGACGUGGAGGAGGAGGUGGCGGUUGCCGCGGUGGAGCCAAGGGAGGAACCAGGAGCAGUUGAGACCCUGGUGGCCGGAGUGUUUGAGAAGGUGGCGGUGGGGGUCUUCACCGCCGCCGUCCAGGCCGAGGUGAAGCAGUUGAUGCCAGCACUGGGGGCCACCUUUUUUGGGUUGAACACCCUGUCCUGCAUGGCGGGCACCAUGUCCGUCCUGCUGGCCAGGAGGGCCUGGAACUGGGGGAGGUCUGUGAGGGAGAGGAGGAGAGUGAGGCGGGUGAACGCCCAGUUUGAUUCCCUGCUGAGCCAGGUGGUUGUCGAGGCAGUGGAGGAGGUCCCUCUGGCGGAGGUACUGCCCAACACCGGGAAGCCCCCCAAGGGCAGGGGCAGGGUAUCUAAGGCCACCCCCCCUAGGAAGAUCUUGAGCCCCAAGAGGUCCAGCCUCAACAGAAGGCUUUCGGCCGUCUGGGCCGACGAGGAAGUGAUCCUCCGGGUCAGGCCUGGUGUGAGGACCCGGAG